GGGCUCCGGCGCCGGGGAGAAGCCGCGAGCCUCCCUGAUGGUGCGGCCGCCAGCGAGCCGGGGAGGGGCGUGGAGGCGGCAGCUGUGCAGGAGCCUGGGCCCGCUGCUGCUGCUCCUGGCUCUGGGACACACGUGGAGCUACCGGGAGGAGCCCGCGGACGGCGACAGGGAAGUCUGCUCAGAAAACAAAAUCGCCACGACCAAGUACCCGUGUCUGAAGCCCUCGGGCGAGCUUACUACGUGUUUCAGGAAAAAGUGCUGCAAAGGUUAUAAAUUUAUUCUUGGACAAUGCAUCCCAGAAGACUACGAUGUGUGUGCUGAGGCUCCCUGCGAACAGCAGUGCACAGAUAACUUCGGCCGAGUGCUGUGUACCUGUUACCCAGGAUACCGGUAUGACCGGGAGAGACACCGGAAGCGGGAGAAGCCCUACUGCCUGGAUAUCGACGAGUGUGCUACCAGCAACGAGACGCUGUGUGCUCACAUCUGCAUCAACACCUUAGGCAGCUACCGCUGUGAAUGCCGAGAGGGCUAUGUCCAGGAGGACGACGGGCGGACGUGCACAAAGGGAGACAAAUACCCCAACGACACCGGGCACGAUGAGAAGGUGGAGAACGCGGUGAAAGCCGGGACCUGCUGUGCCACCUGCAAGGAGUUUCACCAGAUGAAGCAGACGGUGCUGCAGCUGAAGCAAAAGAUCGCCCUGCUCCCCAGCAGUGCUGCCCACCUGGGCAAGCACAUCAACGACAACAAGGUGCUGGUCUCAAACGCUUACCUCCCAGGACCUCCUGGCCUGCCCGGGGGCCAGGGCCCUCCCGGCUCACCAGGACCAAAGGGGAGCCCGGGCUUCCCUGGGAUACCAGGUCCUCCUGGGCAGCCUGGCCCGAGGGGCUCAAUGGGACCCAUGGGACCAUCUCCUGAUCUGUCCCACAUUAAGCAAGGCCGGAGGGGCCCUGUGGGCCCCCCAGGUGCACCGGGAAGGGAUGGUUCUAAGGGGGAGAGAGGAGCACCCGGGCCCAGAGGGUCUCCAGGGCCGCCCGGUUCUUUUGACUUCCUGCUGCUCAUGCUGGCCGACCUCCGCAAUGACAUCGCCGAGCUGCAGGAGGAGGUGUUUGGGCAUCGGACUCACUCUUCGGCGGAGGAGUUCCCUUUGCCUCAGGAAUUUCCCAGCUCCCCGGAGACCACAGACUUUGGCUCUGGAGAUGACCAUCCAAAAAAGUACUGAGACAGAAGACUUGGGGGCCCCCGGAGGCUUGUCCCCUUAGCACAUCCCAACGUCGGCAUGCCAAAGGAAGGGAAGAGAAGCGCCUUUUCACCUGCAGUUAAAUCAUCUAAAGAAAAAGAAGCCACUGGAGACCCAGAAAAGAUAUGUUUUUAUUUUCUUUACCUUUUUCUUGCCUUUUCUGUCCUCCUCUUCUUCCAAAUACUAGUUUCAGAGUCCCUUGCUUGAUGUGCUGGAGACAAGAGAAAGUGACUGAUGUAUAUGCUUCCCUCUGAGAGUCAGAUGGAGUCUGUUGGUCUACGUUGUAACUUUCCUUUAUCCAGGAGCUUCUGGAUUUCUUUGAGUUAAGUAGUCUCACGGUGUCGUAAACUUUGGCAGACUAUUGAAAAGGGGAAAGCAGCCAGGUGAGCUCUGAGAAAAUGAAGUUACUUAUAAAAAACAAUAGAUAAGUGUCUGGAAUAGACUCUUAUUCCUCAGUAUCAGAAUUAGGCCUCUUCAGUUAAAAAGGGGAGACAACAAUGUAUAAAUUUACCUGGGUGGAUAAUUCUUUAACCUUGUCAGUCUAAUAGGUUUGCAAUGUUCUGUCCUCUCGUCCAACCUUGUUUCCCAAUUUUGGUUAAAGAAAGGAGAAAAUUAAGAAGCACAGAUUAGGGGAGAUGAAGAAAAAUGAUAUAGUAGUAUAUUGACUGUCAUAGGGGUUGUCUCUUUCUAAAUUCUCAUAUGACUAUAAGAAUUCAUGCUACACUUAUCUAUAAGCAUAUUCAGAGAGGAGUGUUACUCUGGCUAUAGGAAUAAAUCCUCUAUUCAGAACAAAGUAAGUGAAUGAAGUACCUGAUUCACAUUAGAACAAUGAGCUCCUGGCUUGCCAGGACACUUGAAAGCUGUUUGAGCAAAUGAGUGGGCUUGCUUAGUAAGUCACAGGUUAUUUGUUAAAUAAAGGUGGCUGACCCUUAGGGAGAGGUGCAGAAUUCCCUGGCUCUGACCGAUUGCCCAGAACAUGCCAUGAGCCCAUGAGCCAGGUUGAAUCAAUGCACAACGAGCUGAAGGCUGGAAGAAGGUUGCUGACUUGGGUUACUGGCAAAGGACAGGGAGGACCUGGAGCAGAGAUCCCACUGAAUCGGCAGGGCCAGGUGAAUCUGCUCUCCUUGGGAAUUAGAAGUCCUUGUCUGGGACCAGCCAAGCUUGCCAACACAGAGAAUAAUACACUAUUGAAAGUUUUCUUGAAUGUGAAGGGAAACACGUGGUUUUCCUUGUUUGGCAGAAAUUUCCUCCCAGCUAGUCUCAUCUUUCCUUAGUUUUCCAUAAGUCAGUCCAAGCUCCAGUUCUUACAGGCCUUCCCCUUGCUUCCCCUUCCUCAGCAAAUGUGGGAAGCAGUUGAAAAAGGGGUAUAUUCCCAGACCUUCCACUGAGUCCCUGUUUGCUCAUACACCCCUGGGUCUCAGAGGGAAGCAUAUUCUGGAAAGGGCUUUCUCUGGAUCCACAGAGAUAGGAGUAGAAGUAGGAAAGCUCAGGAGACCAGCAGGGGUUUCUGCUCCUUUGUGAUAUCACUGGGGAACCUCUUGGUUUUAAUGGGCAGCUGACAGUAUCUUCAAGACCACCUUCUCCUUUGACACACAGAAGGGCUCUUCAGCCACCUGGUCAGGAGACCUAAACCCUUAUAUUGAGCCUCGAAGAUGAUCAGUGUCACAGUUCAUAUGUGCUCAUGUUGGGGUUCCCAGUUCCCAUCCUGUGAUUCCCCCCCCCCGUUUCUAGGAGGUUUGUGUUGAGCUUUCUUUUUCCCCUUUUCGCCUACCCCAUUUAACUCUCCUUCUGGGAAAGCAUGUUUAAAGAGAACCACUAUCGGUGUUUACCUGCCACUUCUCUUCCGUCUUCAGAACAAUGCGGGGGCCUCUGUUAGUGAAUCUGGAGAGACGACAGCCUUCCUUCCCUCAGUCCCAUCAUGUUAGAAACACAGGACCCAAUCAGUCAGCCUGGGGCUGAGUUCUCCACAAACACUUUGCUCUACUAUUUCUUCCUCACGGAAAUCCCAGUGACCAUCUACCAAAAUGUUACAGCUAAAAACGACACAUUCUCAAAAAAAAAAAAAAAGAAAGGAUGCUCCUUUUCUAGCAUCUUCCCCAAGCCCUUCAGUCUCUCCAGAAUCCAAUCUUCACAGCAGAAGGCCUCACCAGCCACGGGUUGAUGAAAAGAUGAACUGAGCAGCUGUUGACUCCCAUCUGGAAUAGAUUUACUGUUGCCUGCUUGUGGAACACAGUAUUUAAAGGGUGUGGAUGGAUGAAUGCUAAAGUGAAUUAUGUACAGACUCUGAGAAAUGAUUGGGUCCAUCUUUAUUUUUCUUCUUAAAUGAGGAACUUGUGUUUAUAUAUAAACUUCUUUAUUGCCAAAUGCUCAUGAAACUCAACCCUACUGCACGUAUGACAAGAAGCUAGGAUAAUAUAUUAAAAGAAUGAACUGUAGGUAGUAAUAUCUGGGAUUCAUGAGAUUAUUCUAGAUAACAUCCUCCAGCAAAACACAAAAUAACCUGUAUUUUAUAAUCUCAAUCUGCUGGGUCAGGUCAGUUUAUAAAAUAAUUGUUCAUCCUCAGAUUUUCAAAACUUAGACUACUACCACAGGACUAAUAAGUACUCUGCCCUAAUUAUCUUUCAAAGAUAAGACAUAAUACACUGUUAUUCCUAAUGUAUCACUCAGUUAUGGAUAGAAAACUGAAGCUUCACUGUCUAAACAGGACUUCUGCUCAAAGCCAUUUUUGGUUUUAAUGAAAAAGCCAUUUUGGGGGGUAAAAUUUACUACAGUUUUGCUAAGCCACUUCCUGUUCCAUGGGGAAAGAGAUCUUUGUACCCCUCCUCAAUCCUUCAGCAAAAACACUGCCUUUAAUUUUUUGCAACCUGAUCACUAGAACUUAGAAUAGGACAUAAUAGAUGGUUUCUGUUUCUGGAUAGCAAUGGGAACAAAAAUCUGUUGAAAGAGUGCAAGGAGGGCAUACAUUUGGGCCCCAUGCCCAGCUCCAGAGGGAUCAGUUAUAACCAUCACUAUGCCAAAGAAUGUGGGGCACCAGGGCAGCUCUAUCUUCCUUCCUUGUGAAUUCCAGCACCUGCCACAGAACACAACAACCAACUGACGUCUUUUCCACUGUGUAAACUGAGACAAGUGUGUCCAUAGCCAAACAGGUAAAUAGGAAAUGAACAUCACCAAGGGGCAAGGUGUAUUACCCCCACCAAACACCAGGCAAAGGCCCUCUGGUUCUGGUCAUGAUCCCAUUCCAGGAUUUGUGGCCUUGUGAGCCCAGUUUCCAGGCAUGCGGGCAAGACUCUCUGUGACCCGGUGCCAGGCAUCUCCUUGGGUUGACAGCAAAUCCCUCUUCACACUUUAGAUAUUACUCCCCUUCCUCUCUCCCCCAGCUCUGCCCUAUCAGAGAGUCAGCAGCCUCGUUGGGCAACCUUCACAUCUUUUAGAUAACCUUCCUAAAAAUGAAAUUUAUUUGUAGGAAUCUAGGCCAAACAACUGGUAGAAUAGAGCCAUCUAAAGUUAUUAAUAACAAAUUCAGGAAAAUAGAUGAAAUGUUUCCUGGCACAGUCAGCAUGUAUGUUGCACAACAAAUCAAAACAAAGUUAUUUUCCAUUUGAAAAGGAAAAAGAAAAAAUCCUGACCGUAAUUGUUGAAGCAUAAAAUCUUGAACUUUACAUGCUCCUUCAACAAAUAUUACUGCUUUAGGGAAAUCGUAGAAAAAAAGACCCUUUACACAUCUCCCAGGGACCUCAGCAUUCUUUAUUAUAAUAAUACCCCUACCCCCAAAGCAAGAGCCCUGGGAAUUCUAUGUGUGUCAUGAUGUUUUUAUUUCCCAGUGACUAGUCAUAUAUUCAGUCGCUAUGUUCAUUAUUUAUAACAGAUCCAUGUACCAGUUGGGCUAGUAUUCAAACAGUUAUGGAUGUGAUACUAUGAAGUACUUUGGAUAAGAUUAUAUAUGCUUAAUAACAAAGUUAUUUUUCUUA